AUGGUCAAGAUAACAAGCUACACGCCGGCCUGGCUUAACGAACCAGCCCCAGGCCAUGGCUUGUUUGCACCCCCCGAGCUUGACCCAAAGAGGAGCUCGUACGCAUCGACCAGCUCAAAGGGCGGCAAGCCCAAGCCCGGACCCAGACGCACCAUAGCCCGUCGCGGCACCGAGGUCUUUGUCGCCAACGGCAGGGAGCUCCGAUGGGGCGACCUCGUCUACCUCAAGGAGCUGUGGGCUUCCAAGCAGGCGGGCGGCGCCGCGGACAGGUCCGGCCGGGCCCGUGUUAAGCGCGAGGAUUCGGACCCAAACUCGUUCACGAUACAUGAAGAUGACGACGCCGACGCGAUGUUUGCCGCCGCUGGCCACGCCCAGGGCAUGCGCAUAAUCAAAACCCCAGUAGCAGAUGACAUCAAGCAACUCGUCAUGUCGCCACAGGCUAACUACCUGGCCGUCCUGACGACACACACAGUCCACAUCUGCAUGCUGCCCGACCCAUCCCACUUGACGGCCCAGGACGCAGGGCCGCUCAAGGCCAAGUUCUGGACUCUCGGCCCGACAACCCACGUGACUUCAAAGUCACCGAUCAUGUCCGCCGUCUUCCAUCCCCUCGGUGUCAACGGUUCGGCGCUUGUUACUGUGACUGAGGAGGCUGUUGUGCGCGUGUGGGAGCUGUCACCGGCUGAUCGGUGGUCCUUCGACACCCCGACCCUCGCGGUGGACCUGAGGAAGCUCGCGGACGGAACGUCUCUAGACCAGGACUUUAGCGCAUCGACCUCGGCCAUGAACAAGGGCUUUUCUCCGGACUCAUUCGACAUGGAGGUGGCGGCGGCCUGCUUUGGCGGCGGGCGGGGCUCCGGGUCUUGGUCGUCCAUGACGCUCUGGGUCGCAAUGCGUGGAGGCGACCUGUACGCCCUGUGCCCCCUCCUGCCCCAACGAUGGGCCCCGCCUCCGACGCUCAUCCCCUCGCUCUCUGUGUCUAUAGUUGCGAAGCUUGCGGCGAUCGAGGACGAUCCAGCCGUCCCCGCACAGGAGAAGCUACUAGCACAGCAGCAGCUAGAGUGGAUGUCAGACUUGGACAACCAGGAGCCUAGGAUUGUGGAAGGCUCCAUCACCGAUCCGACGACGGAAAUUUUCACACGGCCAUCGAGGCCUGGCGCAGUGCCCAAACUGCAAGGCCCCUUCGACCUCGAACUAGAGGCACUCGACGACAACGAUCUGGACGUGGAGCUAACAGACAUCUACGUGAUCGGCGAGAAAAUCGACACCGAGGAUCUUAUGAUGGGUGAGGAUGAUGAGGAGCUCCAGAUGGACGACGCUGACUCGGAGGGUCUGUCGCUAUCCAUCAUCUGCCUUGUCUCUACCAGUGGACAGCUACGGGUUUGCCUCGACCUUGAGGGUGUUCAAGCACGAUGGCUGCCCUCUGCAAGCAAGUCCAGGUUCGCGCGCCAGGUCCCCGUGGGUAACGCCCCUCUCCCAUCCCUUCUCACCUUCCAGACGCUGGACGUCAUGCGUCCCAUGGAAGUUACAGCCGACGCAUGGCCCAUGAUCAGCCCCGACGUCACUUCACGAUACUCAUUUUUCAUCACACACCCGGCUGGGAUCGCGCUGGUGUCUCUGGCACCGUGGGUCUUUCGGUUGGAGAGCGAACUCCAGGGUGACUCGGCAGCUGGGUCGGAGUUCCGGCUAGAUCUGCUCGUCAAGGGACAAACAUCGACCAGGGAUAGGGUGUUCACGCACAAGGGUGCACCACUGGCCGCUGCGGUGGCGAUCCGGGACCCCGACCUGGGAUACUUUCUGCUGUCCAGUACGCCACAGGCAGCCGUGGCGCUGUCUUUCGAGGCGCCCGAGGACGAGUUCAGGCCGGCGAUAUCCGGCGCCAUUUCGCCGUCGCUUCAGGCCUCGGGGGAUGGCGGCGUCCGCAGCGAUGACGACGAGGCCAAGCCGCUCGUUAUAUGCGAGCCUCGGCCGGCGUUCCAGCCGUCCAUGGAGGUGUUUGACGAGCAAAACGAGAUAUCGGAAUUUCUCAAGAUUGCGCGGACGAGCCGCUACCAGGCGGUCCUGACUCACGAGAUCAGGCUGUCGGCGGCGUCAUUGACGGUGCUCACCAACGCACACCAGCGGAUAGACGCCCAGACGGAACGGGUCAACAAGGCGGUCGGAGAGCUGUUCAGGCGGCUUCAGCAGCUACCGGCUGAGCUUCACGAGCAGGUGAUGAAGAUGAACAUGCUCAAGGAGAAGAUCGACAAGAUUGCGGGCGAGGAGGGCGCGCAGCAGGACGGCGAGGAAGACGAAUCCGGCCUUCCCGACCACGUGCGGCUGGAGCGGCGGCUGGAGCGGGCGCAGACCAGGCAACGCGAGCUUGCGGAGCGCAUGGACAAGAUCAAGCGGUCGGUCGGGCGGGCGAACAGCAGGGAGCUCAGCGACAAGGAGAGGGCGUGGAUGGACGAGGUGCGCUCGCUCGAGGCGAGCGUGCUGGGCAGCAACGAAGACGGCGGCAGCGCGGCCAACGCGGGCGGCGCCUCGUCCAAGGUGAGGCAGUACAGCAAGCGAUUCGACGAGGUCACGGCGCUCAAGACGGAGCUUGUGCGGCAGGCCGAGGGGCUUCAGCAGCAGCGGCAGCAGCUACUGCAGGACAGGGACAAGGCCACCGGCAGCAGCGGCAGCAGCACCGGGGACGACAAGAAGGCGGGCGAGGCGGUGCAGCACCCUUCGACGCCCAACAUGAAGAUUCCAGCAGACGUGCGCAAGGCAAAGGUUGCGCAGGUCAUGCAGCUCCUCGAGAGGGAGACGACAUUAGUCGAAGCCGUCAAGAGCCGACUGGAGAAACUCACGAUGGCUGGCUGA